UCGUCGCCUCCUCCAUUUUGUCGGUAGAGGCGGAAGGAGGAGGUCUGGUCGGGAAGCCGAGGCGGUCAGCAGCUAGCUCGUCGGUGCCCGUGGGUUUUGUUCGUUCCGUGCCUCGUCUCUCCCUGGAAGGGGAGGGGGGCUUUGACGCCGAGCAAGGGCCGCCGCCGCAGUUCCGAGCUUGAAGUCGUUAGGACUUCUCUCCUACUUGUGUGCUGAGGAGACUCAGAUGUUGGCCUCAGCUCCCAAGCUGAACUCAGCAGAUCGGCCCAUGAAAACUUCUGUAUUGAGACAAAGGAAAGGAUCCGGCAGAACGCACCAUCUAUUAUCCUGGGCCUGGCAGCAAGGAAGGGGACAGGUAGUGGAAAUCCUGCAAUCCGAGAAGCAGACUGAAAGGUGACAAAGAAGCUGAAGAUGGGUGGCGGAGAGAGGUAUAACAUUCCAGCCCCUCAAUCGAGAAAUGUUAGUAAGAACCAGCAACAGCUUAAUAGACAGAAGACCAAGGAUCAGAAUUCCCAGAUGAAGAUUGUUCAUAAAAAAAAAGAAAGGGGACAUACUUACACCUCCUCAGCAGCUGCACGGCAGGCCAUGCAAAAUGGGGGGAAGAACAAAACUUUCCCAAAUAAUCAAAACUGGAACUCUAGCUUAUCAAGUCCUAGCUUGCUUUUUAAGUCUCAAACUAAUCAGAAUUAUGCUGGAGCCAAGUUUAGUGAGCCACCGUCACCAAGCGUUCUUCCUAAACCACCAAGCCACUGGGUUCCAGUUUCCUUUAAUCCUUCUGAUAAGGAAAUAAUGACAUUUCAGCUUAAAACCUUACUUAAAGUACAGGUAUAAGAUAAAACACUGUUUGAAUGAAAUUUAGUUAUAUUUGAGGGUAGUUGUCAAUUGUUUCUGACCAAAUUCACUAGGGCAUUAAUCUAUUUGUAAAAUUGCUAAUGUAGAAAAUCAAAUUAGACUUCCUCUUGUUUUAGGUGUUGUGCGCACUGUCAUGUAACGGUGGCAUCAGUGCAACUUAAAAUAACAAAAUUAUUCAUAAUAGUACUUGAUAUUAAGUGUUCUCAAUUGAGUAACUUACAUGGUUUUAAGUUUAGAUUUGGGGAAUGGUGAUCAACUUUUCCUAUUGUUUGUUGAGCGGAAAUAUGAAUUUCAGAUUAUCAUUCGCGGAUCAGUAGACUGACCUGUUGAGAGCUAGUGAAUCUAAUUAUAAACAUCUAGUUAAGAUACACAGGGACUGAAAAGUAGGUGAAUAUUUGAAAGUUUCAAGUCCUAGAAGCACCUAGACCAGUAAUAUGCCAACAACCUGAUGCACUGCCAAAAAGAAAAUGUGAAUUUUUCUUACAGAAGGGUUUCAUUUUAGCAAACUAUGCUGGUGAAUGUAGAACGGGCACUAGUGGCUACCGAGUUUAGGAGACCAUACACCCCAAUGGCCGUUUCUUUGAUGCAGUGGCUAAGCGUCUGCUAACUAAUGCACCCCAAAACCAGUUUUUAUAGAAAUGGUAUUUGGUGGUCACUGAGUAGCUUUCAAAAUACAUUUUUGUAUUCUAGCACUGCAUAAGCUAUUCUGACAGUGAUCUGGUCUCAAGAGUCAUCCUGCAAAGCUUAGUUAAGUGGGGAGCUGUAUAAUGUGAAAGUUUUAAGUACCUAGGAAAAGAGCCAUGUAAAUACAUGUAAUAAAUUUGUAGCAUAUGUAAAGUUUUGUUGGCAUUUAUCCUAUAAAUAUAGAAUAUUUUAGUAUGAAUUUGCUGAAUGUAAGACCAUGACACUUGUUUUUUAUGCUAUGGCCUGAUUUUAAAGGUCCAAAAUAAUCUUUUUUUUUAAAAGUUUGCCCUUGUGCUAAAGUGCCAGUGUAUGUAUAAUUGAUCUGGUGGUAAACUAUAUUUCAAAAUAAACCCUAGUGUAAUAAGUUUUAUAUAACUGUAAAGGUUUUAAAGCUGCUAAAACACUUCCUAUUUUUAAGAGAUGUGAAAUGCAGUAUGGGACUAUUUUAAUUUUUCCUCCUUAAGCCCAAAGAUUCACUAUUAAAAGGUCCAUCCAACCUUAAAGAUUCAUUUUGGCUUUUAAUUUUUGUAAUCUAUAUGAAUAUAGUUUAGCGUAUGAUGCCAGUAUAUAUAUUUUUUGUUACUAGUAAGUGCAACCCAGGGGACCACUUAUGUAAAAGACGUAAUUUCUUGCAUAAUACCUUGCGAUAACCUAUUUUACCUAAAUGUAAGUUAACCCAAUAGUAAAUGACAAAUGCGUGUGGGAGAGCCAAUUUAAAAUUUCUGAUUUUAAGUGCCCUAUUCUAAUUUGGCAGCUUUUUGGCAUUUUAAAAGAAAAUGGCAAAGCUGUAUUUCUCCUAGGUAAUGUUGCCCAAAUCAAAUAAUGGUAUUCUAAAGACAAGUUUACAUAGUACCUAAUGUACAUGUGCAAAUUUCAAGCAUAAAAUUAAAAAAUAAAAUUGCUUCUUCCCCCCA